AAUCAAAGCAGAAACGUAAAUAAAGUUUUAAAAAAGAGUGCUUUAACACACAUCAAUUGUGUGACCGAGCUGUUUGAAGACUUAGGGUCGAGUUAUAAACUCCGUAACGUAACCGUAUCCGUACCGUAUCUGUAGCCGUAAACGUAUCUGUAUAGCAUGGUUAUAAAGUCCAUAUCGUAUCUGUAUGGCCGUACCAUAUUCCGUAAGAAAAGUUUGGAUCGAUCAAACUUUUACGGUAGCAAUACGAAGAACUGACCAACUGCGCAUGCGCUAAGUUGCAUACAAUCGGAAGUUGUGCCGGAAGCAACCAACAAAACUUUGAGGGAGACAACAUGGCUACGACUACUCGUCAAGAAUGUGUUGCUGUGAUUGCAUUGUUAGCAAUAAGUUUAGGCGCUUUUGUUAUUAACAAAAAGCGGACAAGUCGACAACGACAUCGAUGGCAAGUAGGUCCAGUCAACAUAAACAGGCCACUUUGCCAAUUCUCAUUAUUUCGUCAAAUGAAGAACAUCGAUUCCGACGAAUUUUUUAAGUAUACGAGAAUGAACGUGGAUCUCUUCCACGAGCUAUUGAGACACCUAUGGAGAAGACUGUACAAGCCACAUGGUCGAGCAAUUAAUCCGGAAAUGAAACUUGCGUUGACAUUAAAGUGAGUCAAAAAUACAAAUUAUAAUUAAAACUGCAGCUGUGUAAUCAAUCCUCUUUAAUAUUAUAAUAUAUAUUUUUUACAGAUACCUGGCCCAGGGAGGUAGUAUUCAAAGUAUGGCUUGGGAUUAUAAUAUAGGAAAGUGUACAGCUAGAAAAAUCAUACUGGAGGUCUGUACAGCAAUUUGGGAGGAACUGAAGCCAACAUAUAUGGCAUCAUCAUCAUAUCCAGAAUGGUUGCAGAUAGCAAACAGAUUUUGGGAGAAAUGGCAGUUUCCUCUCUGCCUAGGGGCUAUAGAUGGUAAACAUAUCAGGAUCAAGGCACCACCAAUGUCCGGAUCAGAAUUUUUUAAUUUUAAAAAAUUCUUUAGCAUUGUCCUGAUGGCUGCCUGCGAUGCAGACUACAGUUUUACAUUUGUAGAUGUAGGAGCUUAUGGGAGUGACUCUGAUGCAACCAUCUUGUCACUAUCAGCCUUUGGAAGCAGUCUCCUGUCUAAUAACAUUGAAAAAUUAAACUUGCCAAGUGAAGGAAAACUACCAGGUACAAACACAACCCUUCCAUUUGCAUUUGUUGCAGAUUCUGCAUUUCCUCUAAAAGUAAAGCUUACGCGCCCUUAUCCUGGGAUGAAUUUUCCAGAGGGCGAAUCAAUUUUCAACCACCGUCUCUCCCGGGCAAGAAGAGUUAUAGAGAGCACAUUUGGGAUUUUGGCGUCACGAUGGCACAUUUCCAUCAAUCAAUUACAGCAUCUCCUUGUGCUGUAACAAAAAUGGUGUUAUGCACAGUUAUCUUGCAUAACUUUAUAAUGAAACAUAAUUCUGUGCCAGAAUACUGCCCCCCAAAUUUUGUAAACCAGGAAAAUAUCCCUGGCGAUUUCCGGGAUGAGCCAUCUCCUAAUUGGGAGCCUCUCCAAUGUGGAUUGCAUAAUUCUGCACAGAGAGCAUACAGCAAUCAGAAUGCUCUAAAGGAGUUUUUCAUGAAUGAGGGACAUGUACCUUGGCAAUUAGGAAUUGUUAAUCGAGGAACCCUACCAAAUUCAUAAAGAUAAUAAAAUUU